AAAUCUUUCCGUAUCAUGGCCCACGUGAGACACUUUCGGACAUUCGUUUCAGGAUUUUACUUCUGGGAAGCAGCCCUGUUACUCAGCUUGGUUGCAACAAAGGAAACAGACAGUGCAAGAUCUCGAAGUGCUCCAAUGUCACCUUCCGACUUUCUGGAUAAAUUAAUGGGGAGGACAUCAGGGUAUGAUGCAAGAAUCAGACCCAAUUUUAAAGGUCCUCCUGUUAAUGUCACAUGCAACAUAUUCAUAAACAGCUUUGGCUCUAUUGCGGAGACGACCAUGGAUUACAGAGUCAAUAUCUUUCUUCGUCAGAAAUGGAACGAUCCCCGUCUUGCAUACAGUGAAUAUCCUGAUGAUUCUUUAGACCUAGAUCCUUCCAUGUUGGACUCCAUUUGGAAACCUGAUUUGUUUUUUGCCAAUGAAAAGGGUGCCAACUUUCAUGAGGUUACUACAGACAACAAACUGUUAAGAAUUUUCAAGAAUGGAAAUGUUCUUUACUCCAUAAGAUUGACAUUAACCCUUUCUUGUCCAAUGGAUCUCAAGAAUUUUCCAAUGGAUGUGCAAACAUGUAUAAUGCAACUAGAAAGUUUUGGGUACACGAUGAACGACCUCAUUUUUGAAUGGCAAGAUGAGGCUCCUGUACAAGUGGCUGAAGGACUCACUUUGCCCCAGUUUCUGCUGAAAGAAGAGAAAGAUUUACGAUACUGCACUAAACAUUACAACACAGGCAAAUUUACAUGCAUAGAAGUGCGAUUCCAUCUGGAACGGCAAAUGGGGUACUACCUGAUCCAGAUGUACAUUCCCAGUCUCCUGAUCGUGAUUCUCUCCUGGGUCUCCUUCUGGAUCAGUAUGGAUGCGGCUCCAGCCAGGGUAGCCUUGGGCAUAACUACUGUGCUGACCAUGACCACGCAGAGCUCAGGAUCACGAGCGUCCUUACCCAAGGUUUCAUAUGUCAAAGCUAUUGAUAUUUGGAUGGCAGUAUGCCUCCUUUUUGUGUUUUCAGCACUUCUGGAAUACGCAGCUGUAAAUUUUGUAUCUAGACAACAUAAAGAACUUCUGAGAUUUCGGCGAAAGAGAAAGAAUAAGACAGAAGCUUUUGCAUUGGAGAAGUUUUACCGUUUCUCAGACACGGAUGAUGAGGUAAGGGAAAGUCGAUUCAGCUUCACAGCCUAUGGAAUGGGACCAUGUCUGCAAGCAAAAGAUGGUGUGACCCCAAAGGGCCCAAACCAUCCUGUCCAGGUAAUGCCGAAAAGCCCUGAUGAAAUGAGGAAGGUCUUUAUCGACAGAGCCAAGAAGAUUGACACCAUCUCGCGAGCUUGUUUCCCAUUAGCCUUCUUGAUUUUUAACAUUUUCUAUUGGGUUAUCUAUAAAAUUCUUAGGCAUGAGGAUAUUCAUCAGCAGCAAGAUUAA